UGGUGGGUGUGUGAGAGAGAGAGUUGAGUGAAAGCUGGACGUUGUUUCCCUUAAGAGAUCAGCGCAAAUCUCUCUCCCCACACCUCCCCUCUGGGACUGUGGGAAACCCGCUCACUUGCACAGGUCUUUGGCGGAAACUGUGCCAAGAUGCGAAGCUUCCAUGAAUUACUAGAUCAUGAUGUCACUAUGGCAUUUAUGAGAUAUGGAACCAUUCUUAUAGUGAAAAUGAUGCUCAUGAGCGCUGUCACGGCUUUCUUCCGAAUGAAGAAAAAGGCAUUUGUUAAUCCUGAAGAUACAGCGUCGUUUGGAAAAGGAGAGAACGCGAAAAAGUAUCUAAGGACUGAUCCUGAUGUGGAACGUGUACGCAGAAUCCACCUCAACGACCUGGAGAACAUUAUUCCAUUUCUUUUUGCUGGGUUCUUCUACUCUUUAAGUGGCGUGUCCCUCGCCACUGCUUUGCUGCACUACCGAAUUUUUCUUGGUUCUAGGAUCUUCCACACCGUUGCUUACCUGUUACCUCUCCCCCAGCCCAGUAGAGGUUUGGCUUGGAUGGCUGGUUACUUAGUCACCUUUUCAAUGAUAUACAAGAUUGUAAUGAUUGCUUUCACCAUGUCUUAGAAAAAAGCUAACACUAUUUUUAGCCUGUUGUACCAUAUCCAACCAAUAGAAGAGAAUAUAUUUAGCUCUGGGUCGAACAAUGGAGUCCUCGGUGCUUUAUGAACUUGUUUGCUUGUUUGCACCAAACUAGGUAACACUAUCAGUGCUAAUGAGUGUGGAGUUUGCUCCCUGUGCUGCUUCUGGUGGGAGUGUGGUUUUCUCCUUGGUGGUUUCUUGAUUUGAGGAACUAUGAAAGACAUAUAAACAUGACAAAUAAACAAAUCUGCCUGAAUCAAGGAAUUACCAGAGAGAAAAACCACGGCCCCACCAAAACUGACAGGACAAGCUAUUGUAUAUGAAUGGAGAAAACCCCACGCUCACUAGCAUUGAUAAUGUUACUUAAUUGGGUAAUGAAACAUCUGCAAGCAACCAAGCUCAAGAACCAAGGACUCCACCAUUAAUUCUUCCUCAAGAAACUCCUUCAUAUCUGCCUCCCAACUUUCCAGUUUAUACUUGUGCCUCCUGGGACGUUGGAUCUCUCAGCUGCCUUGUAGGCCUGACACUUACGGAACUCUUUUUGCCAUUAUAUGCUAAAACCUGGUAUGAACCUCUCUUCCAAGGAAAUACGUCCCUGAUACUUCCUCUUAAUGGAGCGUCACUCAAUGAUAGCACAAAUACUUUGUGUCCUAGGCACAACCUCUGUUAGCAUAAAAAGUCACCUAUAAGACAAUGGUUAUAUUCUUUGUCUCCCGUUCCUUCCUCUCACUCUCAAUAUGUGAGAAAUUCAGUGUGAGUGAUUAAAUCUGAGGCCAUUAUAUACACAAAACAUUGGCCCUGCCACUGAAAGGUGAUUUCUUUCCACGGUGUCGCCUUUUUUCAAAAUCACUGAAGCUGGUUGUCUCUUUAUCCUCUGUUGUUGUCUAAUGGCUCAUGUUUUCUAUUUUUCAAAUAAGAUUGGAAGCCAUGACAUACAUGGGGGGCAGCUUUCUUUGAAAGUAUCAAAUGUGGAAGACUGACAAUAAAACAGUGUUCUCUAACUUAGGCCCAUCCUGAUAAGUCGGGAUCAUUAUCAGUGGUUCUGGCUUGGUAGUAACAAAAGUUGUAGACCACGUUUAGAGAGCUGCAAGCUGGAGGAGACUAUUACAAAGAAUAGCCACCCUCUUUGCCCUUCCAGUUACAUCAAUUUGAUGGCUGUUGACAAAAAAACAACAACCAAGGGCGAGUUGGAUUUCUGGUUUGAUCGCCAAGUCUUUCUUGGAUUUGCUUGCAAAACUUCCUUGUUUCUUUCAGUGUUAUGAGAGAAGGGAAGAUGUUCUCCACUUUGUAAGACCCUGGCCUACAAUAAGUGAUGGUAAAAUCCCUUUUUCUGAGGUAUUAAUUUUUCUAGGAUAUUACCGUAUUUUUCAGACUAUUAGACGCACCUAAAUUUAGAAUAGGAAAGUAAAAAAAAAAAGUUUUUGGCCUUGGCGCACCUCAUUUUCGGCCCCUUUCCAGCCUUUUUUUUUUAGCUCGUUUUUAGGGCUUUUUUUCUCCUAUUUUUUUGGGGGGGAAAAAACAGACCGAAAAAAGCCUUGAAAAGGGGCCAAAAAAGCCUCAAAAAGGGGCUGAAAAAAGCCUCGAAAACAGGCUGAAAACAGUCUCAAAUCUGGGCCAAAAGCCCCCAAAACAGGCCAAAAAACACCUCAAAAACGGGCUGAAAAAAGCUCCGAAAACAGGCUGAAAAAGGCUGGAAAAUGGGGCGGGCAGAGCCUCCAAAAUGGUGGGUGGGCGGGGCUUCAGCAGUAUUCAGUCUAUAUGACGCACAAACAUAUUCACCCCCUUUUGGGAGACAAAAAAGUGCGUCUUAUAGUCCAAAAAAUAUGGUCAUUCUUUAAUUUGUCAUUUUUGAGGCACUGCAUUAUCUCUGCAAUAAAUGCAGAACAUAUGAGAAGCAAAUAAUGGCUUUACUCUAUGGUCCAUCUUGAGCGGUUGAGAUACAGUCUUCCAGAUGGCCUUAGAAUAAAACUCCUUUUACCCCUGGCGAUUAGCUGUGCUAACUGAUGAACAUUGGAAGUUCAACAGUAUCUGAAAAGCCAGACAUUUGGGUAGGUCCUAGGAUGGUAGAUCUGGGAAGUUAACAGUGCAUUUGAAGCUCACAAAGGAUGUCUUAGUUCCAGCUCUUUAGCCCUGUUAACUUCUCAUCUUCAUCCUGGAGUUGAGUUCUUGGUUUGGUUCCUGGAUAGUAAAUUUGAAUCUAUGGUUCUGAAUAAAUAGUUCCACAACAUCUGAAGAGCCGUGGGAUUUCCCACUCCUGUUUUAUGUUUUGGGUGCACAGGGCCAGAAGUUAUAAACCAAUUCACAGAAUUUGCACACAGACGAUGGGCUUCGAAUGUUUCACCACUUUUUGACGUUCCUCGUGUUCUUAUCAGCAUUCCAAAUACUUUGGUUAAAUUGAAGCUGGUGUGCGUUCCCGUUUCUGUUUGUUAAGAUUUGAACCUUGUGAGCAUCUUCCUUUAUCCCUCCUUUUCUCCUUCACAUGUUGUCUUCCCUCACGCAAAGCUUUAACGACUUUUAAUGUGCACUCUCUCUUUUGAGAGCAUAUGUGAAUAAUAAUUUUCUACAUAUGCUAUUUUGGGAUGUAUCUUUUUGAAGCAUAAAUAAUAAAGGCAACAGCAGGAAAAAAAAG